AAAAGACUCAUACAUUCACAAAUUACAGGCACAGAGAGAGAGAGAAAGAGUCACAGUCACAGAUCGAAACCCCAAAAGGCCAAAUCCCUAAAUUCACAUUUCCAAAUCCCAAAUCCAGAUUUCCAGUUCCCUUUUGUAGGGAGUCUCACCGUGGCUUCUUCAGGUUCGCCGAGUUUGAGUCGAAGAAAACCCUCCAACUCUUCCUCUCCGUCGUCUUCCACAGAGCCGGGUCGUCUCGUGGGGCGAGUCACAGUACCCAGGCGGGCUUCGGAGCCUGAGUUUCCCUUCUGGCAACAGAACUGGUUCAUAGCAUUACUCUUUGUUAUGGCGAUGGGUUUCUUCUGCUUUGCUCUGUUCCUCUUCUUCGGCCUCGAUCUCGAUACAGGCUACGCUGCUUCCGCUUCUACCUCCGAGGGCGUCGAGGUGACGUACGGGACUGUGCUGAAGCUGAUGCACGAGAAGACCAAGUUUCGCCUGCAUUCCCACGACGUGCCGUAUGGUUCUGGUAGUGGUCAGCAGUCUGUCACUGGUUUUCCCAACGUUGACGAUGCAAAUAGCUACUGGAUUGUUAGACCUGAGCUCGAAACAGCUGCCAAGCAAGGUGAUAGCAUUCCAAGUGGGACAAUUAUCAGGUUGCAGCACAUGAGGACUAGGAAAUGGCUGCACAGCCAUUUGCACGCCUCCCCCAUAACUGGCAACCAAGAGGUGAGCUGCUUUGGGGGAGAAUCUGAAUCUGAUACUGGUGAUCACUGGAGGGUUACGAUUGAAGGGAGUGGGAAGACCUGGAAGCAGGAUCAAAGGGUUCGAAUUCAGCAUGUCGACACAGGUGUUUAUCUACAUAGUCAUGACAAGAAGUACACCCGCAUUGCUGGGGGACAGCAGGAGGUUUGCGCUGUCAGAGAAAAACGCGCAGACAAUGUUUGGUUGGCAGCCGAAGGCGUGUACCUCCCGGUCGCUGAAACCAAGUAGAUUCUAGUAAAUUAGGAUGAAUCACUCUAUAAAAACAGGUAUACGGGUUUUGGAAUUUUUUGGUGGCUGGUACCUGGUCCCAUAAUAGCUGUAGUAGUAGAUGUUGUAAUGAAGGAAGAUAUGUUUUAACAUUACAAUGUUAUCUGAUAUUGUUAAUGUUGUUUUCCUCUGGAACACUCCCCUGUAUCUUGUGCUAUAUCGUUUUA